UCGUACAGUAGUGCAAACUAAUUAACAGUACAGGGAUGACCAGAGACUGUGGACACAGUACAGGGAUGACCAGAGACUGCGGACAGUACAGGAGAUGACCAGAGACUGCGGACACAGUACAGGAGGAUGACCAGAGACUGCGGACACAGUACAGGGAUGACCAGAGACUGCGGACACAGUACAGGGAUGACCAGAGACUGCAGACACAGUACAGGGAUGACCAGAGACUGCGGACACAGUACAGGGAUGACCAGAGACUGCAGACAGUACAGGGAUGACCAGAGACUGCGGACACAGUACAGGAGAUGACCAGAGACUGCGCUCACAGUACAGGAGAUGACCAGAGACUGCGGACACAGUACAGGAGAUGACCAGAGACUGCGGACACAGUACAGGAGAUGACCAGAGACUGCGAACA